GUGGUGCUUGGGGCACGCGGACGGAGGUGACGGGCUGCAUUCUCAGCCCAGGUGGAGACCGGUGCAUGUGGGCGCUCCGUUCGCUGCUGAGGUCCGCGGCCGGGCGCGCCAUGUCCCAGGGACCCGCCCGCCGCCAGCGGCCGCCCGCUCUAUGUCUUCUCCGAGUACAACCGGUAUCUCUUCAACUGCGGAGAAGGCGUCCAGAGACUCAUGCAGGAGCACAAGCUGAAGGUCGCGCGCUUGGACAACAUAUUCCUGACGCGAAUGCACUGGUGUAAUGUAGGGGGAUUGUGCGGAAUGAUUCUUACUUUGAAGGAAACUGGGCUUCCCAAGUGUGUGCUUUCUGGACCUCCACAGCUGGAGAAAUAUCUAGAAGCAAUCAAAAUUUUUUCUGGCCCCUUGAAAGGAAUAGACCUGGCUGUGCGACCCCACUCUGCACCGGAAUACAAGGACGAGACCAUGACCGUUUACCAGGUCCCCAUAUACGGCGAGCAGAGGAGUGGAGAGAACCAGCUGCUACACAGUCCGGAAAGGCCUUUCCGCGAGCUCAGUCCAGAGCAGUCUUCAGACUCUGGUUCAACUGAAAGCGAGCAGCACCUUCCAGAUGGUAACGAUCUUGGCCGGAAGUCAACUGGCAGGGACCCUUCCUUGGUCGUGGCCUUCAUCUGUAAGCUGCACUUGAAGAAAGGAAACUUCUUGGUGCUCAAAGCAAAGGAACUGGGCCUUCCAGUCGGGACGGCGGCCAUUGCUCCCAUCAUUGCUGCUGUCAAGGACGGGAAAAGUGUCACUUACGAAGGAAGAGAGAUUUUACCUGAAGAGAUCUGUACUCCCCCGGAUCCUGGCCUUGCUUUUGUUGUGGUAGAAUGUCCAGACGAGCGAUUCAUCCAACCCAUCUGUGAGAACGCCACCUUUAAGAGGUACCAAGGACAGACCGAAACUCCUGUGGCCCUGGUGGUUCACAUGGCCCCAGAAUCUGUGCUUGUGGACGGCAGGUACCAGCAGUGGAUGGAGAGGUUCGGGCCUGACACCCAGCACUUGAUCCUGAACGAGAACUGUGCAUCGGUUCACAACCUUCGCAGCCACAAGAUUCAGACACAGCUCAACCUCAUCCACCCAGACAUCUUCCCCCCGCUCACCAGCUUCCAGUGCAAGGAAGAAGGCCCCACAUUCAGUGUGCCCACGGUCCGGGGCGAAUGCCUCCUCAAGUAUCAGCUCCGGCCCCGGCGUGAGUGGCAGAGGGAUGCCAUCAUUACUUGCAAUCCUGAGGAGUUCAUAGCUGAGGCCCUGGAGCUUCCCAAUUUCCAGGAGAGCGUGCAGGAGUACAGGAAGAGUGCACAGGACAGCCCAGCCCCUGCAGAGACAAGAAGCCAGUACCCAGAAAUCAUCUUCCUUGGAACAGGGUCUGCCAUCCCGAUGAAGAUUCGAAACGUCAGCGCCACCCUGGUCAACAUAAGCUCCGACAGGUCUCUGCUGCUGGACUGUGGCGAAGGCACGUUUGGGCAGCUGUGCCGCCAUUACGGAGAUGACGUGGACAGGGUCCUGACCACCCUCGCGGCUGUGUUCGUGUCCCACCUGCACGCCGAUCACCACACUGGCCUGUUAAACAUCCUGCUGCAGAGAGAGCAUGCCCUGGCAUCUCUAGGAGAGCCGUUUCGCCCUUUGCUGGUGGUCGCCCCCACCCAGCUCAAGCCCUGGCUCCAGCAGUACCACAACCAGUGCCAGGAGAUCCUGCACCAUGUCAGAAUGAUUCCUGCCAAAUGCCUUCUGAAAGGGGCCGAGGUCUCCAACCCUGCCAUUGAAAGCCUGAUCAGCUCGCUGUUGGAAGCAUGUGACCUGGCACAGUUUCAGACCUGCCUGGUCCGGCACUGCAAGCACGCAUUCGGCUGUGCGCUGGUGCACACGUCCGGCUGGAAGGUGGUCUACUCGGGGGACACCAUGCCCUGUGAGGCUCUGGUCCAGAUGGGGAAAGACGCCACCCUCCUGAUCCACGAGGCCACCCUAGAAGACGGCUUGGAAGAGGAAGCAGUGGAGAAGACUCACAGCACGACCUCCCAAGCUAUCGGGGUGGGUAUGCGCAUGAACGCGGGGUUCAUCAUGCUGAACCACUUCAGUCAGCGCUACGCCAAGAUUCCCCUCUUCAGCCCCGACUUUAACGAGAAAGUUGGAAUUGCCUUUGACCACAUGAAGGUCUGCUUUGGAGACCUUCCGACAGUGCCCAAGCUGAUCUCCCCGCUGAAGGCCCUGUUCGCCGGCGACAUCGAGGAGAUGGAGGAACGCAGGGAGAAGCGGGAGCUGCGGCUGGUGCGGGCAGCACUCCUCUCCAAGGAGCAGCAGGUGGACGGCCCAGAGGACAGAGAGCCCCAGCAGAAACGGGCCCACACUGAGCAGCCACAGAGCCCCCAGAGCAAGAAGGCCCGAGCCAAGUGAGGCUGGGGAGUGACCCGGACUGUGGGGAUGGUGCAUCGCCAUCCCGCGCACGGCACCUGGAGGCACCUGGAGCACACAAUCCAACCAGGCACCGGAGGAGGGAGGUGCACAGCUGGGCGUGGUGCGGCCUUGCAGGGAAGCUCUGUCUGCAGGAGGCUUGCGGGACAGGCUGCCAAGCAGGAGGCAGGCGGGCUCCAUAGCUGCCAUCCCAGCCCAAGUCGGUUUUUAAAAAGUCACAUGGAGAGAUAGGGCUGCACCCUCACUCCACCAGCAGAGGGCUUUCCUGUGCUGGCCAGAGACAAGCAAGUAACAGGAACGCUGGGUCUGAGCUCUGAGGUUCAAGGAACAGUGUUUGCAGAGACACCGACACAAUAAAGAUCGAGUUCGGAAUCCUGA